AUGGCUCGCCUCCAGAUACCGCUCGAUACCCUGACCUCGCGGUUCAACCUGUCCGACAGGUUCGCCGGCGUCCGCUCGCAGUCUCUUACUUCCCGCUUCUCUAAUCUCAAACCCCUCUCCGAAUUUUUCGACAUCAAACGGAUUUCCAAGCCAGCCAACUUCGUCGACAUCCAGAGCCGUGUGAACUACAAUCUGAGCUACUUCUCCAGCAACUAUGCCGUUGUCUUUGUCAUGCUCAGCAUCUACAGUCUGCUUACGAACCUCACCCUUCUCUUCGUCAUCCUCCUAGCUAUUGGUGGCUCGUACGGAAUUGGUAAGUUGGAGGGACGCGACUUGGAAAUCGCUGGGUUCCGGGCUACAACAUCACAAUUAUACACGACAUUACUCGUCAUUUGCGUGCCCAUGGGUCUCUGGGCUUCCCCAUUAACCACCGCACUGUGGCUCAUUGGGGCUACUGGCGUGACCGUUCUGGAUGGUCGGCCGCGAACUCCUUACGAUUCGCCCCUAUGGGGAAGACCUUCAGGGGCACGAAUGGGGAGAUCCAACAAGGGGGGUUGGGCGAAGCAACUGGAUGAGUCUGUUAGAAUAGAGCAGCUAGAUAAUGAUGGCUACGAUGAUGACGAUGACGAUCAUGGUGCACGACCUGUUGGUUUACCUUUCGAUCCAAACCGGUCGGGUAACAGGGAGAUGGGAAUGCUGGGCCCUCUUGAUUAUGAGUCCCGCGCAUGCAGGAAAGGAACUUAUGGAUUUUAUGAUGAAGAAGAUGAGGAAUUCUCGAGUGAUGAUGACCAGGACGAAUAUGGCCUCGUUGAUAGGGAUCCGAAUAGCACGAUGUCCUACGCCAUUCAGCUGGCAAGGCGAGACAAACAAAUACAACUUGUAGACCGGGCUCUAGGGAAAAUACGUCGUGCUCAAAUGCAAGGGCAAAUUAAAGUCAAGCUCUCGCAGCGGGAACUUGAUGCAUUGGAGAGAAAAAGAAAACUUGAUGGCAACCCCAAUGGUUCUCAACGCACGGUGGUUAAGGACCAUCCAACAAAUGAAGCCAAGCCAAAGAUCGCGGGCAAACAAGGCAAACAACCUACGAAUGUGUCGCCCCCGAAAGCAUAUCCUGAACUGAGACGGACCAUGCCGGGUGGAUAUAGUUCUGCCACAGAGUCUCCUGGGCACUUCUCACCAACCCCAGGCCGACCAUCGAGCUCGUCGGCGAAGAAAUCUCGUUCGCGAGCUCCUUCGAUACCCUCACCCAUGAUGCAACAGCAUCCAGGCACACCACCUCGCAGUCACCAACAGCAGCAAAUAUAUCAACGGCCUCUGCCAUUUACCGUCCCAGAAGAUCAAACAGUUCGACCCGGUUCUUCCUAUCAACCAGCUCCACCGCAACUACCAAGUGACCCACACCGGACGCCACGCUCUCGAUCGGUCUCGACUACAUUCUCCUACCCAAUGCACCACCACCACUCUCCCUACCAAACAUAUCCUUUAGCUUCCAUUGACCCACACUACAGCUACUCGACCCAUCCAUAUCGAAAUAUGAUGCCGCCACCAAUAGACGCGUAUCAACCUGUCUAUCGCUCCGUAUCCGGCGACUCUUACAUGCUGAACCACUUACCAUACUCGCCAUCUGAUCCCUUCGUUGUCCAGCAUGCUUCUCAACAAUGUGAGUCACCAAGGUCUAUUCAAAGGAGUAGCGGGAGUAGCAGCAGCGAUAGUGGCGUGCAGGUCGAUAUGAAUGAGAACCCCAUGGCACCAAGUGGAUGUGAAUUGCGAAAAUCAAGUGGUGGGCAUGGCCUUUGUCGUACGCUCCUGCGAAAGCGUCGUGCCCGCUAG